AUGAACAAGAGCAAAGGCACGACGAGAGCGAAAAGCCGCGCCGCUCCUUCGUUUAACGAAAUCUGGACAAAAAAUCGGAAAUUAACCAAAAACAUAGCCUUCUCCGUGGCGCUCGAUCUCUUCCCCAUCACGUCCCCGGAAAUAAAGCGCGCCAGGGACGCCCUACGAGUCACCGAGCCCUUCUACCAGUUCCCCACCGAAAAGCACCUCUACGAGGUCAUCUUGCCGCGAAUGUACGACCAAGUGAAGCAAAAGGUCCAACAGACCGUAAGGAGCGAUUUGGCCAAAGGCGUGAAGCAGAUAGCCUUGAGCAUCGACGGGUGGACGGGCCGUAGCGUGAGCGACCACAUGUCGAUAACGGCCCACUACUGGACGGCCGACUUUGAGCCCCGGCACUUUCUCCUGCAGCUCGAGAGCUUGCCCCGGGCCUGGAACACGGCCCACGACCUCUUCCACUUGAUCCAGAACGUCCUGCUCAAGUACGGAUUCGCCGGGGCCCCGAACGACGGCGGCCGCGUCGUCCACAUAGUCACCGCGAACGGCCACAACGUGGUCGAGGCCACGGAGCUCAACCCCAACUGGAUACGCGUCCCCUGCCUCGCCCGGCUACUCCAGCUGACCGUCGACGACGCCCUCGACCACCACGACGAGUUCAACGCCCUGAGGACCAAGUGCGAGCGCCUCCUCUCGGCCCUGUGGUCCAAGUCCGGGUCCUCCACCGGCGGCAGCCUCCUACGGGACGAGGUCGUGCCCUCGUGGAACUCGAUCCACGAGAUGUUCGACAGCUUGUUGAGGUUACGCGGCGCCGUGCGCGCCUUUCUCCAGGAGUCGCCGGACCUGCAGCUGACGGACACCGACUGGGAGUCGAUGGAGCGCUACGUGGGGACCUUGGCGCCCCUCAGACAGGCCACCGAGAUGCUCUCCGGCGAGCCCUACCCGCCCCUGUCGCUGUACAUACCGACGGCGCGGGCCGUCUUUGAGCUCGUGAGGUCCGCUUCCUCGUUGGACGACUGUCUCGCCGACCGGCUCGGCGGGGCCAUGUGCUCGAGGUUCGGCCGCGCGUUGAACGCCAACGAGUCCAUGGUAGUGGCCAUGGUGCUGGACCCGAGGUUCAAGACGAGGCUGCUAUCGGACGAGGAGAGGCCCACGGUCGUCGACAUCGUCAGGGACAAGAUGCUGGAGACCACUGGCACAGCAGUGCCGAGGUCGAGGAAGCGGGCGAGUUCGCCGCUGGAGCAGUACCUGGCGCGGAUGGGGGACGAGCAGAAGCCGAGCCUAGAGAAGGCGGUGGAGGCCGAGCUGGCGCACUACCUGUGCGAGGACGUCGUACCGAUGGACUCGAGGAUCAACGAGUGGUGGAGACGGCACUCCCGGCUGUUCCCGAGGCUCGGCGACCUUGCCAGGGUGUACCUGGCCGUGCCGGCCGUGCAAGUGAGCACCGAGCGGGCCUUCCCGAGGAAACGAGGCUUUGACCUCGACAGGAGGGCCGAGCUGCUCGCCAGCCAGGCCAACGUCUUGGACCUCAUGAGGAUUAGCUUUCUCAACCACAACUUGGGCUACUUCGAGGCCGAGGUCGAUUGUCUCUGA